AUGGCGCGCCUGAGAUCAAAUUACACCAUCCACAAGUGGUGGAAGGAGGCGGUGGUCUAUCAAGUUUAUCCUGCGAGCUUCAAAAGUGGUAAAUCUGUGACUGGGGCCGACGGAUGGGGGGAUCUAGAAGGAAUGUGUGAAAAAGUUCCUUAUUUAAAGAACCUGGGUGUUGAUGUUGUAUGGUCUAGUCCCAUCUACAAGUCACCGCAGGUAGACAUGGGCUACGACAUUGCCGAUUAUAAAAGUAUCGAUCCGCGGUACGGCACAUUAUCAGAUGUGGACAGGUUGAUCGAAACGCUCAAGAAACAUGACAUGAAACUCAUUAUGGACCUUGUUGUCACGCAUACAUCUGAUCAACAUACUUGGUUUACUGAAUCUGCUAGUUCCAAAAACUCGCCAAAGCGUGGUUGGUAUAUCUGGAGGCCUGCCAAAGGCUUUGACGAGGCUGGGAGUCCGUUGCCUCCUAAUAAUUGGGCACAAAUAUUGGGUGAUGCACUUAGUGCAUGGACUUGGCAUGAAGAAACGCAGGAAUUCUACUUGACGCUGCAUACAGCUGAGCAGGUUGAUCUUAAUUGGGAAAAUCCCGAGGUCGUUGCUGCGGUUUAUGAUGUCAUGGAAUUUUGGCUCCGCCGUGGAGUUUCUGGAUUUCGCAUGGAUGUCAUUAACCUCAUUUCCAAAGACCAAUCUUUCCCAGAUGCCCCGAUCAUUGAUCCAGCCUCGAAAUACCAGCCAGGUGAAAGGUUCUACACAAAUGGGCCUCGCUUUCACGAAUUCAUGCAUGGAAUCUACGACAAUGUUCUUUCCAAAUAUGAUACCUUGACAGUUGGAGAAACCCCAUACAUUACCGAUAUGAAAGAAAUUAUAAAAACGGUGGGUUCAACAGCUGGAGAAUUAAACAUGGCAUUCAACUUUGACCAUAUGGAGAUCGAGGAUAUCAAAACCAAAGGCGAAUCUAAAUGGAGUCUACGGGAAUGGAAACUGACUGAGCUGAAGGGGAUUCUCUCUGGAUGGCAGAACCGUAUGAAGGAGUGGGAUGGCUGGAAUGCGGUCUUCUUCGAAUGUCACGAUCAAGCUCGAUCAGUGUCGCGUUAUACAAACGAUACGGACGAGUUCAGGGAAUAUGGUGCCAAGCUUCUGGCACUUCUGGAGACUACAUUGGGAGGGACUAUCUACAUUUAUCAAGGGCAGGAGAUUGGUUUGCGCAAUUUCAGACUGGGGUCAGAUCCGGAGACCCAGCUCAAGGAUAUCGAAUCUCUUAAUUUUUGGGCGAAGAUGAAAAAACUCCACCCUACUGGGUCUGAACAUCUUGAACAGGCAAGAGAGCUUCUGCAAAAGAAAGCUAGAGACCAUGCUCGUACGCCUAUGCAAUGGAGUGCUGCUCCGCACGCUGGUUUCACGGUCCCCGAGGUGACCCCGUGGAUGAAAGUGAACGACGACUACAAGACUAUCAAUGUGGAGGCUCAGAUGGCAUCUACUUGCCAAGGGACAGAUAAAUUAUCAGUGUUGCUGUAUUGGCAAGAAGCGUUACGUCACCGAAAGCUACAUAAGAAUGUUUUUGUUUACGGUGAUUUUGAGAAUGUGGACUAUGAUAACGAAGAAGUGUUUGCAUACUUGAGGACUGAUUUCGAGAAUAAUGAGAGGUGGCUCAUCGCCAUGAACUGGACGACGUCCCAAAUUGAGUGGACAGUUCCUUCGGGUAUAAAGGUCAUGAAAUGGGUCUCCUCCUCGCAUCAGGCUACUUUGCCUGACCCAAAUCAGUCGGCUAUCGAGCUUCGGCCGUUUGAAGGUCUCGUGGGAUGUUGUACUUAA